AUGGUCGUCGAAUCCAGCCUCAACCCUCUUUCAGCAGAUGGUAGCACGCCAAGACACGCUAGGCACAGUUCUAAGCCCCGCUCGAAUGGAUCCAGCCCAGAUCACUGUCUCGAUGACGGCUCCCAGGCCGAAGAUUCACCCUCCAGUGCGGAGUCUCAACCAUCGUUGCUCAGCCAGUUAGGAGCCUCGCAGCCAAACAUCAACCACAUUAUCCAAGAUGAUGGGAAUGAACAGUACCAUAUAUCUCAGGUUCGCGGCAACGGGCGAAAUUCUUCAUGCUACCCUGAAGAAGACCCAGGCCUUGCUGAGGAGGUUGAUUCGUUUGUCUUUGCACCACAGCCCAAGUACAAGCCAAAUCAGUUCUCUGGCCACCAGCAGCGUCGAUCUAUCGACUUUGGUGCCCUGAGUGAACGACAAGAUGCAGUACCUCGAGAGGACAUGGCAGAUCCUGGCAAUGUCCCAACAAUCCAGUCACGCGAACGACCAGCUUUGAUAGACGGUCAAAGCCACCAUUAUGGCGGCGUCGAAGCCUAUGCGAACGAUGUGACAGCUGCUAUCCCUCGGAGUGAUCAAACUCAAAGAGGCACUCAGUCACAACGCUUUAGGACUACAGAAGUGAACCCGCAGCAAUUGAGUGGCCACAUUCAGCUACCGACCCGAGGUCUCUCAGAUCAGAUAAAUACCAGCGCUGGGAGAGAUCCAGCUCAAAAUCCGAACUCGGAACACCAAUCUGUCAGAGUCGAGCAGAAAGUCAUUGAUUAUGUCAAAAAGCACAUCAGUAUUCGACCCUUUGCUGAUGCCGAUGCCAUUCUUCCCUGCGACCAACGAGAGGCUCUACAACCUGCACUUGAACGAACGCCGGCUACCGAAAAGUGUAUUGCUUCACGGCCGCGCAGCUCUCGGGGAGAUAAUGAAGGCGAACAACAGCAACGUGUGAUUUCAGAUCGAAUGGGAAGUGUCACAAAUGGCUUAGAGAACCACCUCUCCGAAACUAGCAAGCCCGUCAAGGACAAUCGUAUGCUGCCUCGUCAGGUAUCUCGAGUUCAGGGGAACGAGGCAGUUGAGGUUCGCUCGUCUACUCCAGUUGGCGACUCGGAGUUGCCCCAGAAACAAACACCCGGUUCUACUCGCAAGGCUAGUCGGCAGUAUUCUUCGCCUCGAGAGAAGUCAGUUGGACGUAUCAGACACGAGCACGAUGCUAGAGAUGUUCCACAACGUACGAAAUCACGCAUCUCCAAUACCUCCCGGCACCGGAGGCACCCUUCCCGCCAACCACAACAUACCAAGCCGAGUCGCGAGAAAGUCGCUUCCGACUCAGAAAACCAGCAGGUUAUGGCCGAGAGCCACUACGAAACACUUGAAAGCAUGUCAGCUCACUACAACAAAGUUCUCAAUUACUCCAAAGAAGUUGAGCACAAGAUGAAUAGUCGUCUCAUUUGCCAGAAGCAGCAGAUCGAAGAACUGGAGGCUCGAUUGAGACAAUAUCAGACUCGUUAUCAGAAAGAUUGCGAUCGCCGCGUACUUCUUAACUCGGAGCUUUCUCUAGUACAAAAUCAAAGAGAUGAACUCUCUCAAAACUUUGCUCAACAAGGUGGAAGAAUGCACGAACUAGAACAGGAAGUCGUUAAUAUGCAAGCUGAUAGAGAGACGCAAGACGAAGAGGCGGCCAGAUUGCGCGACGAGCUGGAAGUCGCCAAGUCCAAGCUCGACAAGUUGCAAGAGAAAAGCCGCUCAUACAAGGACCACCUCAACAAGGCCGUUGCAGAACACCAACAACUCUGGCACCAAUCCAGAGAUAUCGCUCAAAAGACCAUCACGACUAUGAGAAAGGAGCAUCACGAGGCGGAAGAGAAGUUCAAUUUGGCCAUAGCAGAGAAACAGGCUGCCCAGGAUAAGCUGAACCGCAUUUCCAAAGACAGACAAGUACUUCUCCAGCAGGAGGUGGCGGCGGCGGCAUCAAAAGUCGGACACAUGACGUCGGCCCUGGGCAAUCUUGAGAAAGAUUUCCAUUUCGAAGUGCAGAGAGCCAAGAAAUUGGAGCAAGAGCUUGUCGAUGCGAAUGGCCUAAAGGGUCUGCUGCACCAGGUCGACGAGCGUGUGGCCGAAGUCUCCUUGAAGAUGGAUGACCUACAAGCGUGCUCUAUCGAAGCGCCUGCUAUGCCAACCGAGGUCAUGAAAAGGCUGGGCGAAAUUGCGGACCAUGUGCAAUUCGCCCCUCAUGUGAACGUUGAAGACGAGAUUCGGCGAGCUUUGAAGACCUUCCAAAAGGAAAUUAUGCCACGAUUUUCGAAAGAGUUGAAAGCCAUGGAGACGCUUCAGGACCAAGUGUUGGCGAUCAAGACCGAGCGCAAAAAUCAUCAUGAACAGUUGAUGCUGCAACUUUCAGAAACAAAAGAGGAGAACAACAAACUCGCCCAGGGUCUCCUAGCAAAGGAUGCGGAAAUCGCAGAGAUGACCAACUCUGUCUCUAAACUCAAUCAAAAGCUACAAGAGGCAAGAGACUCCGCAGAGUUAGUAUCGAACCAAGCAGCAACCACGGAAGAAGAGCUUCGAGCGUUAGAGCAGAGUCUCUCGGGCAAGGAUUGCGAAGUCACAGAGACCCAGACUGAGCUUCAUCUCCAGCGAGAAGGGCACGAGACUAAAGUUCGAGAGCUCCAGGAGCAAAUACGAAUUGCUGAGGAAGACGCCCAUCAUCAACGCCAGCUUGCCGAAGAGUCGGAGAAGAAACUCGCAGAAAAGUCCGAGGAAGAUACCGAAAUGCAAACGCGGCUGAACAGCUCAGGAGAAUCUCUGCACCAGGCUCAGCAACAGUUGACCAUGGCCGGGGCGGAGCUCGAACGUCUCAAGGCCUUAGAGAGUGUUAUCAGAGCAUCGAAACUCGAAAAUGAGUUGGAAAAUGCUCGUCAAAGAAUUACCAAUCUCACACUCAAGCUUCGCGACACGCAGGUUCCGGCUGCUAUCAAUAGCCAGCUUGAUCAGGUAGCUGAACAGCUUGCCCAGCUCCACACCCGGAAGGAAGACAUCAAGCAGCUCAGAUCAAACGGCAAGGUAUACGCAACGAUCAGUAAGGUCCUUGCAAAAACACUCGACAGAAAAGACACCACAGAAAGCGACGACAUUCUGAUCCCCGACAGUCUCGUGCUGCCGACGCUUCCCGUGUUGCUGCAACUAGAUGUCUACGACCCUCUGAAUAACUUUCAGCCGAGCUCCUCUGACAUCCCGCUGAUACGAGCCAGCAAGCGAACAGUCUUCCGCAGUCCUGUUGAAGAGUCGGAAGACGAGUUGCCUGCGCCAUCAGUUGAACAGGAGAAGUCGCAGCGAAUGGAUGUAGCCACUCAGGGAUCCCGGAUCAGAUCGAUCCUCCGCCCACAGAGAACUCCCACUGCCAGAACAUCAAAGGUAAGUAUCGAUGCCAUGGUGGCGCGCCAUGCAGGACACUCUUCGUACAACCGACCCGUUCAAAGUGCUCCCAAGUCCAGUCAGGAGGCCAUCUUGGAUGUCAAGAACAGCCUCGUGGGCAACCGCAAAGCAACGCUCGGCGAUUUGGCCAACCCUAACGAAUGGGAGAGACUUGAGGGACCAGCGAACCAUGCGGAGCAGCGAGGAACCAAGAGAUCUAGCAAUUCUCAGCAAUGGUCUCGAGGCCCGAAGCGGUCGAAACCAUGCUUCACUGAGAACGAAGAUAACGUUGAAACUUUGCAAGUUGCGAGAAGCAGUAUGGAUGACCGUCUCCGAGCUGAGCCGCCGCCAGAGCGCAGCAAGAAAGACGGUAACAAGGUGCAUGCAACGAUUGCGCAGGAUGAUGAUCAAGUUUCCCACCAUUUCUUAUUAAACGCUUCUAAGCCGAACGAGAGCGCAGAACGUGGGGGCAAGUGAACGCCGAACUCUCACAGUAGCCGCUGCGCAGUGAAUCGCACACCGUGGCUAAAACGAGAUACGAAUUAUCUUCAGAAAAGGUCUGCAGCUUCUUUAGUAUCACCCAUUGGGGUCAAUUUUCUUGGACGUGGGCGAAGGAUUCAUGUGUGGUGGAUUCAUGCGGAGGAAUAUUGCAUUUAUGCAAGGUUU